CUUUUUCCUCUUCUUUUUACAAUGUAUACCUUAAAAAACAACAAUAGUGAAAAAAUCAAAACUAGCCAUAAUGACACAGUCGGCAAAAGAUUCAUUCGUAGCAUAUCUUCCCUGAAAAAAAGUCAUCACCACAAUGUUUCGGACUCAAAUAGUCAGUCUAGACUAAAAAUCGAUGAAGAAAGAACCAUAGAAGGAGAGUCAUUAAAAAAAACAAAAAACAGUCUAAGAUUUUUCUUUGGUGGAAAUAAACGUCAACCAAAAGAUAUAUUUGAAAACAGUAACGAGUCAGAUAGUACUAAUAAAAGAGCAUCUGUUCAAACAUUGAUAUCCCCGUAUGCAAGAAACAUAAGUGUACGUACAACAAACGAUUUUGAUAGCUCCGAUUCUGCUUGCUUCACUACAACUUCCGAUAUCACAGACACCAUGGUUACAACAUCUAUUCAAAGAGAGUUCGCAGAGCCCGUAUUUGUAAAAGAACAGCCGUUUUAUCUAAAGCACAACAGAUCUGAAAACGACCUCCGGGUACUUACAUCAAUCUUAAAGCCAUGGGGCCCGAAAGAAUUAAAGAGAUGUCCUUCACAACUUUCGCUUGUGAAUAAGCUGUACAAUAUGAAUACUAACGAAGACGAGGAUGACAAAAUAUUAAGAAAAGUCAAAGAAAAGGGAAAAGAAGGCUCCAUACUCCACGUAUCUGAAAACGGGGAAGACGUGUUGGUUAUGGAAAUGGUACAAUCAAAUAAAUUACAGGUUCUAGCCGGUACUCUGGAAAGACUGUUUAUGAAAUUAGCCGAUGAAAGCUCUCAAGAUCUAGAUUAUGUUGAUACAUAUAUCCUAAGUCAUCUAUUCUUUACAGAUUCCAUUGAGCUUUUGGAAAAUCUAAUGGCCAGAUUUCACUUGGAAGCAUUACCAGGGGAAGCAAAUUACUUUAAAAAAUGGCAAAGAUGCAUUCAAGUCAAAGUAUUAAAUGUUAUUUCUCGUUGGAUCAAACUACAGUUCGAAGAUUUCACGUCAAAUCCAGUUUUAAUUACUCGGUUAGAAGCAUUUUUAAACGGUGAUGUCGAUCGUGCUGGUUUCACGGUCGAAGCGGACAUGAUUAAAGAAUCUUUGGAUAGACAAAAUAUUCAAUAUUCCAAGUCAAGGCACUCAUUCAUUGUUCAAACGUCACAAUCCCUUGUGUCAUUUGGCAAUAGUUGCACAACAACAAAUAAUCCUAUUGUGAGACGACCGUCUGUCACACCGAGCUUUCUAUCAUUUGUAUCAUACUCAACACCACCCGACUCACCACUCUACUCACCUGACGUCUUCCUAUCCCUCAAUUCUAAGGACAUUGCGCGAUAUCUGACGUUGGCCGACUUUUACAUACUAAAAUGCAUUACAGCUCAAGAUUACUUGACCAUCUAUUAUCCCGGCAACAUUAAAAAAAAAAAUAAGGAUCAUAUAAAAAUUGACUACGUGGCCAUGAUGACUGAACGAGCAAAUAGGCUGAGUAAAUGGGUAGUCGAAGAAAUCAUUGUACAUAAAAUAAAUAGCAAACAAAGAAGAAUGACUAUAAGAAAAAUGAUUGAAAUAGCAAAGCUUUGUUUGAACUGGAAUAAUUUCCAUACCAGCAUGGUGCUUACCAUGGGUCUAACCCAAUUGCAAGAAUUUCGAGAUAAUACAUGGCAGCAGGUGUCGUUACUGCCUAACAGAGAUGUAAUGACACUGAAGCAACUUAUAAAAUAUCUUAACGUGUGUAACAAUAUGAGCUAUUAUCGACAGGCGUUCAAGAAGGCAGCAAAGGCACCAUGCAUACCCUUUUUUCCGAUCGUUCUCAAGGAUUUGACAUUUCUAAUGGAUGGUAAUGCAACAAUCAACGAUAAUGGACUGGUCAACUUUACAAAGUUUCGGAUGCUGAUACAGUCCAUUCAUAGCGUGCUAAACUAUACCAUUGAAAAUUAUUAUUUCGCUUCUGAGCUGGAAUACUUUCCAUUCUUUCCAAAUCAGAAUAUGGUCCAGCAGCCUCAAAGUAGUCUAGAUAUGGUGGCAACAACUUUGGAAACACAAAUAAAAAGUUGCUGCAUUGACGAUCCUUAUGAUUAA